AUGUCGCUUUGGCCGAGCCCUCAGAGCGCCUGCAAUGCAAAAGCAACGCCGUUCCAGAGGAAACAUUCCCAGAAAGGGCWGGGAAUGAGCGUGCGUGCAGAUACAGCCACAUUGUUUAUGAAAAAGAAAAAAAAAAAUCUUAGAAAGUCUGCAUGGCUCUAACUGAGCCAAGGAAUUACUCGUGCUGCUUUGCCCUGGGGAGCUGGGAUGUCUCAGAGAAAGAAGCUCUUACUGUCGCUGAGGACAGCGACAUUCCUGCUUCCUUCACGUGUUCACUUGACCUCUUCUUUCCUAGGCCCUGUGCCCCAGGGAGAAGUGGUGACCCCGCAGUGGCUCCUCGGAGGACGCAGCAGACGAGCUGCCCGCCUGGACCAGGAGGUGCCGGCGCCUGCGCGAGGCAAAGUGGCUGUGAUGGCCGAGGGCAGAGAGCUCAUCCUGGUGCUGGAGAGAAACCAGCUGCUGUCCCCAGGCUACACCGAAACACACUACGCCGAGGACGGGCAGCCCGUGACCGUCGCUCCCAACCACACGGAGCAUUGCUACUACCAUGGACAUGUCCAGGGGUACCGGCACUCCUGGGUUGUUCUCAGCACCUGCUCAGGAAUAAGGGGCCUGAUUGUGGUGAGCAGCAACGACAGCUACUACCUGGAACCGCUGGGCGCCCCAGAGCCCGGGCAUCACGUCCUCUACCGAGCAGAGCACUUGUCCCUCGGCGGCGGCACCUGCGGCCACGGCGACAUCCUUGGCAGCAGCGUAGCCCAUGUCGCUCGCUUCUUCACGCCAGCGCGGCCCCGGGCCAGGAGAGAUGCCUGGAGGACCAUGAAGUACAUGGAGCUCUUCAUCGUUGCUGAUUACACCCUGUUCAGGAACCAGAAUCUCAACCUGGGCCACACCAAGCAGCGCAUCGUGGAGAUCGCAAACUACGUGGACAAGUUCUACAGGUCGCUGAAUAUCAAGGUAGCCCUGAUCGGCCUGGAGGUGUGGACGGAGCGGGACCAGUGCACGGUGACUAGCGAUGCCAACGCCACGCUCUGGUCCUUCCUGCAGUGGCGGAAGGCGCUGAGGGCUCGGAAGAAGCACGACAAUGCRCAGCUGCUGACCGGGAAGACGUUCAGGGGCACCACCAUCGGCAUGGCCCCACUGGAGGGGAUGUGCAGCCCGGACAACUCCGGAGGCGUCAGCGUGGACCACUCGGAGCAGCCCAUCGGAGCGGCCGCCACCAUGGCCCACGAAAUCGGCCACAACUUCGGCAUGAGCCACGACAGCCAGGGCUGCUGCRUGGAGGCCACUCCGGAGCAGGGCGGCUGCGUCAUGGCCGCGGCUACCGGACAUCCCUUCCCUCGCGUGUUCAGCUCCUGCAGCAGGAGGCAGCUGGAGAGCUACUUCCAGAAGGGGGGUGGCAUGUGUCUCUUCAACCUGCCCGACACCAAGGACCUGGUGGUUGGCCGGAAAUGUGGCAACGGCUUCUUGGAAGAGGGAGAAGAUUGCGACUGUGGGGAGGCCGAGGAAUGCACCAACCCCUGCUGCAACGCCCACAACUGCACGCUCAAGACGGGAGCCCAGUGCGCCCACGGUGACUGCUGCCAGGACUGCAGGCUGAAGGUGGCUGGAACCAUGUGCAGGGAAGCAGCGGGAUCUUGUGACCUCCCCGAGUACUGCACGGGUGCCUCCCCUUACUGCCCGGCCAACGUCUACCUGCUGGACGGCUCCUCCUGCGCCUACGGCGAGGCUUAUUGCAGCAACGGCAUGUGCAUGACCCACCACCAGCAGUGCGUGCAGCUCUGGGGCCCGGGUGCCUGGCCAGCCCCUGAUGCCUGUUUCCAGGAUGUGAACAUGGCUGGCAACACCUAUGGCAACUGUGGCAAAGACAGCCAAGGGCGCUACGUCAAGUGUGAGAAGAGAGACGCAAUGUGUGGCAAGAUCCAGUGCCAGAGCUCAGCCAAGAAACCCCAGGGGACCAACACGGUCUCCAUCGACACCACCAUCCGGUUUAACGGGCGGGAGGUGAAGUGCCGGGGCACGUACAUGUACACGGCAAAGGAUGAUGAGGAGGACCUCUCCGACCCCGGGCUGGUGAUGACGGGCACGAAAUGCGGGGAUGGGAUGGUUUGCAAAGAUCGCCGGUGCCAGAAUGCCUCCCUUUUUGAGCUGGAAAAAUGUGUUUCCCAGUGCAACGGCCAUGGGGUCUGCAACAGCAACAAGAACUGCCACUGCAAUGCUGGCUGGGCUCCCCCGUACUGCGAGAAGCCYGGCUUGGGUGGCAGCGUGGACAGUGGCCCUGUGCAGCGUGACAAUCAUGAAGCCAUCCUAAUAGCCCUUCUGCUCGUCUUCCUCCUCUUCCUCCCGGCCAUGGCCCUGAGCAUCUACAUCUGGUAUCGGCGGGAGAACUCACUCCUGAAUAAAUGGAUAAAGGAAAUAAGGAGGAGCCAUGAGACUUACAGGAACAAAGGCGCCGGGCGGAAGGCAAACAGUGCUCAUUCCAAAGCUGCUUUCACCUUACGGGACAUUUCCACCUCCAGCCACACUAAUAAAGCAGUGCAGGCCACGUUCCCCCACAAGCCCAGGCCUCACCAGAACGGCUCCCAGCCCGUCAACAUCGUCCACCCGCUUCGCCCGCCUCCGCACUCCAUCCCUCAGGCUCCCAGAGACCACAAGCCCGCCAGGCCACCUCCUCCGGCCAGCAAAUCUCCUGCCAUCCCUACCAGAGCGGUCGUGUCUCACGCCAAGCUGCCGCCUCCGAAGAAACCCCUUCCUUGCAGUCCUGUGAGGACCCCACUGGUUGUCCCAAAGCACCAGCCUCCCCGUCGGCCGCUGCCUGGAUGUCCACUCGUGGCCAAAGAGCUGCCUCCUGCACGUGGAAAGACCCUCCUGGUCAUGGUCCCUCCUACCAACUUCAAGGCAUCGGGCACGAGCACCGCGAGCCACUCCACGAGGCCACUCAAGUCAAUGCCUCCUCAAAGGCCAGUCCCAACCAUCAAAGUCCAAUCAGCCUCAUUCUCUUUGAAGAAAUGACAAACCAAGGACAUCCUAAAUCUAUCCUUCCUGAGCUGGCUCUCCUGAUUUGCACUGCUGCUGGCGACAGGGGUCUUUCGUUCCUCUCUUGUUUUGUUUCUAUUUUGAUACCAGAGGACUAUUUUUAUAAGACUAUCUGUGUAUUCAGCACAAAAACAGUAGUGGGGGGUUAGGGAGGGGAGGAGAAGGGAAAUUGGUACCAUGAUGCAAAUAAGGGUUGGGGUGGACUGGUGCUGGUGUUACCACAGUGGAGGCCCCACCACCAUUCCUGGCGUUGCUUCCUUGCCAGUUUAUCCUCCAGCCUUGGUUCCUUAUCGAUGUUGCACUUGAACUGGGAUGGGGUGACUUGGGGUCAAGUGAACCUCCAACAUUGACAGAAAAAAGAAAAAGAAAAGAUGAUGACAGUGCCAGCAGGAGCCAUGUAAUAUCCUACUAGCUACCUCCUCCUUCUCCUCCAGUCCUGGUGAGAUCCUCUACCACCUGCUGCCACCAGACUUCAAUGCUGGGCAUUGUUUUUGGAGCUGUUUGCAAUGAGAGAAAAGAAGUGGUUUCCAGUUCGAACUGUGUUAGAUGGUGCUGGGUCUUCUGCACAAAGGGCCAAGUUCUCAGGAGCCCCUCAGACUCCUUUGUAACUGAAAAAGAAGAGCGUGGUGGAAUCCUGGGACUGUACCUGCAAGGAGCAUCCACCUGGGUAAUGGUUUAACGUCUGCAGUGCUGGUGGUGGCUGGUUACCAGGCUGCUUUUGAAGGGCUCAGGAGCCCUCCAGAAACAUUGUAUGUCCCCCGCUCCUGGGACAAGCCCAGCAGUAGCUUUGUGAGCUGCUAACACUCUGCUGUCCAAAAGGAGAAGGAGCCACAAGCCAGGAACAAGAGCAGGAGGACGUCCUGCUCGUGCCGUUGGCUUUCCUGAUGGCCUUGACCAAGCCGUUGCAUUUCUCUGUGCCUCAGUUCCCCCAUCUGUAAAAUGGGGGGGUACUACCUACCUCACAGGGGUGUUGUGAGGUUUAACAAACUGGUGUCUUGAAAGGGCUUUGCAAUCCUCAGAUCAAAGGUGCUGUUGACCUGCACAGG